UGCACUUCCAAAACACGGCAGUUAUUGUUGAGCUCCUUGAUUGGCCGCCUUGAGACUUGGUCUCACGCAGCCCCGCGUUCUCCCCACGCCUCCGAGCUCAGUAACGAGUCCAGAUAUAUCUCAGGCUAACAAGUAGGCCACGCACUCGAGACGUAUCUUACCGUUGUUUGCGUCGUUACUCUUGCUCCAGACUCGGUACCUACUGCUCGUAUCCAGUCAUCUUUCGCGCGACUCGAGAGAACAUGAAGCAACCCGAUGGUCUGCAAGGUGAGAAUGGCAUUGGCCCAAGUUCGGAGGCCUUCCGCGCUCCGGAGGGAGGAGGCAUCAACGCACGCCCAUUGACUCUUCCACCAAACACGACGUUGGCAAAGUUCGGAGAGUACAUCGCAAGGGUUGCGGACAUUGUCGGUCAAGAAAAUGUAACGGUAAUCAGCAGCGAUGCCGAACUCCAGCAUGACGAUUAUCUCGAUCCGAGCAAGGCUCACGAUAUGUUCCACAUCACGCCCAAGGAGUACUUCGUCAGCUCGGCUGUGGUGGCUCCGCGCAAUGUUCCAGAUGUACAAGGCAUCAUCCGCCUGUGCAAUGAAUUCGAAAUCCCCAUUUGGCCAUUUAGCAUUGGCCGCAACGUUGGAUAUGGCGGCAGUGCGCCUCGCGUGCCGGGUAGCAUCGGUCUGGACAUGGGCAGAAACAUGGGGAAAGUAUUGGAGGUGAACACUGAAGGCGCGUUCGCCGUUGUCGAGCCCGGCGUGACUUUCAUGGAUCUUCACAACUAUCUCGUGGAGCGAAAUCUUAGGGAUCAGCUGUGGAUAGACACUCCGGAUCUCGGAGGUGGAUCCAUCAUUGGAAACACUAUCGAGCGAGGCGUUGGAUACACACCGUACGGAGAUCAUUGGAUGAUGCACUGCGGCAUGGAGGUCGUACUCCCAGAUGGAACUCUCUGGCGCAGCGGCAUGGGUGGUCUUCCCAACCCCAAGGCCAAUCCGAAAGAUCCACCUCACGAACAGCCGUGGAAUGAGACGUUUGGGCUCUUCAACUACGGCUUCGGCCCAUACAACGACGGCAUCUUCACCCAGGCUUCUCUGGGUAUUGUAGUGAAGAUGGGCCUCUGGCUAAUGGUGAACCCCGGCGGCUAUCAGAGUUACAUGAUCACGUUUUCCAAAGACAAAGAUCUGCAUCAGAUCCUUGAGAUCAUCAGACCAUUGCGCGUGAGCAUGGUUUUGCAGAACGUUCCAACACUACGACAUAUUCUUCUCGAUGCUGCUGUCAUGGGGAACAAAAAAGAUUACUCCAGCUCCGAUAAGCCGCUGACCGACGAAGAAUUGGACGCCAUCGCGGCAAAACUGAACAUUGGCCGCUGGAACUUCUACGGAGCCGUUUACGGACCUAAGCCAGUGCGUGAUGUUCUGCUGAGCGUCAUCAAACAAUCAUUCCUGCAAGUGCCGGGAUCGAAGUAUUACGAACCGAAUGACAUGCCCGACAACCUGGUCCUGCAAGUCCGCGACGGUACGCUGCAGGGAAUCCCGACGACGACGGAGCUCAACUGGGUUUCCUGGCUGCCGAAUGGGGCACAUCUCUUCUUCAGCCCAAUCUCGAAAGUGUCUGGAGAUGAUGGCGUUGCUCAGUAUGAGCUCUCCCGAAAGCGAUGCGAAGAAGCCGGCCUUGACUUUAUUGGCACCUUUGUUGUCGGAAUGCGCGAAAUGCACCAUAUCGUUUGCAUUGUCUUCAAUCGCAAAGAUCCCGAGAGUCGACGGAAAGCUCACUGGGUCAUCACAACCUUGAUCGCCGACGCGGCCGAACGAGGCUGGGGCGAGUACCGCACGCACCUGGCUGUGAUGGAUCAAAUUGCAAAUACGUACAGUUUCAACGAUAACGCGCAGAUGCGACUGAACGAGAAGAUCAAGAAUGCCUUGGAUCCAAAGGGCAUCAUCAGCCCUGGCAAGAAUGGGGUCUGGCCUAAGCAGUACAAUGCUGAGGACUAUAAGGUGCCGAUGCACUGAGGCGGCAAGGCUAUUGAGUUAGAGGAUGUGACCGUAGCACGAAUGUACGGCGUCGCUUGUGAUUGAUACGCCUUUGGCAUUGCACGAUUGUCCGUUCCAUACACUCUUUUACUCUCGAGACGUAUGAAAUAUAGCCGUUAGUGGGUGUGGUUGUCCUCAACACAUGAUCGGCGAAUGACGCCACUCCAGCCUCCGAAUCCCAGCCCA